AUGCAGCGGUUGGUACCGAAGGUCCUUUGCUUCACACUGCUGCUUCUAGCAGUGGUGCCCUCUGUGUACUCGCAGUCAGAUUGUUCUCAAGCCGAGUCAUGUGACCUGUGUGUCGGAGACUCCAUGCUCAACCUAACAGGCUGUGUCUGGAGGCUUUGUCCAGACGAUAACGACACAGGCCGGUGUGUGACUGAUGAGGGCGACUCAGCAGACAACGCCAUGAACUGUAGCUGGACCAGAGUGUCUGAAUUGUGCACAGUUGUAGAGACUGUAGCUGAGGGAGGACUUGAAAGUGACUCAGGUGAUGGCAGUAAGCCCAACUCAUCCCCAGAGUUCUCGCAGGCCAAGUUUGACAUGUCCAGUUUCAUCGGCGGCAUCAUACUGGUGCUGUGUCUGCAGGCAGGUGGCUUCUUCGCCAUGCGCUUCCUCAAAUCCAGAGAGCAGAGCAGCUAUGACCCCAUGUGA